CCUUCCCCGCCCCGCCCUCAGCCCAGCCUGCUUGACCUUUGCACGUCCGGAGUCUCGCGGGCACCAGUGCGUUCAGUCACCCAUCGCCGGCAGAGGAGGGAGGAUGGCUCUCUUGGGGGUGAGCUUGCUGCUGUUAUUCCUGGCCCGGGACUUGACAGCCUCUACAGACAGUCAAUUUGAUGAACCUUCAGAAUAUAAAACACCAAACUGUCAUGACUAUGUAUUGCCAGCAUGUCCCAGAGACUUUAGCCCUGUAUGUGGAAGUGACAUGUCCACUUAUGCCAACGAGUGCAGUCUGUGCUUGAAAAUCAGAGAAGAUGGCCACAAUAUUAAAAUAAUCCGAGAUGGACCGUGCUGAUGGAGCAGUUUACAGAAGAGAAGUUGGAGAAACUACCUUCACCUGCACACUAGAUGAAUUUCAUUUCCCCUUUUUCUCUUUUCUUGUGUUUCUUUGCAUGAGAUUUGUUAACCUACAUUUUCCGAGAGGAGGUGUGGAAGACAGCCAUGUGCAGGAACUGAUAAUUAAAGCAAAAAAAAAAAAAAACAAAAAAA